AUGGCUCUUCACCACGGCCGCUCUCUUAGUUUCCCAUCUUCAUCACAUCCCACCGUUUCUCACUUUGAUGACAGCUUAUGCAGAUUGAGGUCUUCGGAGGCAGCCUGUUCUUCGCUCUCAUCAUUCAACACCGCAAUGAAUGGCCUAAAAAACUUGUAUGAGAGCGUUGGUGAUUUGCUUCUCUUACCUCACAUUCAGCAGAUCGUGUCUGAGGAAUGUGUCGAUGAUUUCAUCAGGCUAUUGGAUGCUUGCAGCUCAGCCAGAGAUCUUAUCUCACUUGCAAAGCAAUACGUAAGAGAUCUUCUCUCUUCUGUAAGGAGAAAGGAUGCUCGUGGAAUCAAUUUCUACCUUGCUUCUAGAUGA